AAAUAUUCAAUAUGGCGUUAUCUGUGUUGUCAUAAGCGUUAAGUGGUCGUGUCAAAGUGAAUUUUUGUUUUUAUUAGUGAAAAGUGUGAAAAUUGUUGUCUUUAUGAUCAUCCGUGUGAACGUCGGAUCAGAAUGAUUCAUCGCUAUCUUUUCGUAAACACGAAUAGAAUCCUACGAUGACGGUGUCAACUUCAUCCGCAGAUAUUAUUUUAGUCAAAAUUUUAAUUUGUUCGUUUUUCAACCGCCUUCGGUGAAGGAAAACUGAUGUGAUUGUCGCUGCUCGCCAUUUCGCAAGAAUGGACGAGUUCGAUGGUGCUGGAAGAGUCAUAAGAGCCAGAUCUUUGAAGAGGGGGAAGGAUGAGAAAAGUAUUAAUAAUAGGAUCAAAUUAGAGAGGGUACUAGGAGUAACAGUUUCAAGCAACGCAGCUUUAACAUGUGAUAAUAACGGACUAAUCGCCUAUCCAGCAGGAUGCACGGUAGUCCUUUUCAACACUAGAACAGAACAACAAAGUCAUAUUAUUAAUACGAGUAGGAAAACUAUCACAUCACUUGCCUUUUCUUCAUGUGGGCGAUAUAUUGUAACAGGAGAAUGCGGGCACCAACCGGCAGUAAGGAUAUGGGAUCUACAGUCAGAUCCGCAGUCAGGUCAACCGGGUUUAGCUCCGCAGCCUCAGCAGGUCGCGGAGUUCCUGGUGCACAAGUUCGGAAUCAACUGUGUGGCAUUCUCACCUACUGGCAAAUAUGUGGUCAGUAUAGGUACCCAACAUGACAUGAUCGUCAACGUAUGGGAUUGGAAGAGCAACAUCAAAGUAGCCAGCAACAAAGUCAGCACGAAGGUGAAGGCGAUAGCUUUCGCUGAGAACGGCAGCUACUUUGUGACUGUCGGCAACAGGCAUGUCAAGUUUUGGUACCUGGAACAUGGAAGUGCAAAGUACAAGGACACAGUCCCUCUGAUGGGUCGAUCAGCCAUAUUGGGUGAUCAAAGGAAUAAUUAUUUCUGUGAUGUAGCUUGCGGCAAGGGAGACAGUGCGGAUAGUACGUACGUCAUCACUAGAUCGGGACUCUUAUGUGAAUUCAACAAUAGGAGACUGUUAGACAAAUGGGUAGAAUUAAGGACUACAAGUGCCAACUGUAUAACCGUAGGUGAAAAAUAUAUUUUUGUGGGAUGCGCCGAGGGAAUUGUACGAUGUUUUGAUCCUUCCACACUUAGAUUCGUUACAACGCUACCUAGAAAUCACUACUUAGGCGUAGAUGUCACGCUUGGUACCAGCAUACAACACAUGGCUUCUCCACCUCCAGAUGCCAAAUAUCCUGAUACAGUAGCGAUAACAUACGAUGAGACCAAUCACAAACUGACAUCAGUCUACAACGAUCACUCGAUAUAUGUUUGGGAUGUUUUAAACAUACAAAGGGUGGGCAAAUCGUUUUCAUUCCUUUACCACUCCGCAUGCAUUUGGGGGGUGGAGAUGGCACCCCCUAACAGCCCCUUGCCCCCAGGAAGCUUUUUGACGUGCAGUUCCGACGAUACGAUAAGAGUAUGGACGCUGGACAAACUGAACGAGAACACUUCCAAAGGAAUAUACAAGUCGAAUAUAUACAGCAAUGAGCUGCUGAAAGUUGUAUACGUUGACAAGGAUCUUUCUUACAUCAAGGAUCUAGAUAUUUCUGGAACAACAGAAAAACAAGAGAACUCAUCUUAUGAUGGAAGAAAUGGUGUUAGAUGCAUCACAAUCAGUCCAGAUGGGAAACAUCUGGCAUCUGGCGACCGUUCAGGCAACAUCCGCAUCCACGACUCUGCCAGUCUGCGCGAGCUGUGCAAGAUCGAGGCGCACGACGCCGAAGUGCUGUGUCUGGAGUACUCCGACACCGAAUUGGGUCUGAUGGCGUCCGCUAGUCGAGACCGGUUGGUGCACGUCUUCGACACCAAGCACGGCUACGAGUUCGUGCAGACGCUGGACGACCAUUCCAGCUCUAUAACGGCGGUGCGGUUUCUGCAGCACGGCGGCAACACACAGAUGGUGUCCUGCGGCGCGGACAAGAGCCUCAUCUUCCGGUCGCUCGGUGAAGUAAACGGCAAGCCGCAGUUCAACAGGACGCACAACGCGACAGGCAAGACGACGCUGUACGACAUGGAGGUGGACGCUGGCCAGAAGCACGUGCUGACCGCCUGUCAGGACAGGAACGUGCGCGUGUACAGCGUGAAUACGGGGAAGCACACGAAGAGUUUCAAGGGAAGUACGGGAGACGACGGCACGUUGAUCAAGGUGGUCCUCGACCGGUCUGGCAUCUACCUGGCCACCUCCUGCACCGACAAAUCGCUCUCCGUCUACGACUACUACUCGGGCGAGUGCAUGGCCACCGUCUGCGGCCACUCCGAACUGGCCACCGGCCUGCGCUUCACCAACGACUGCCGCCGCCUGGUGUCCGCCUCUGGGGACGGAUGCGUGUUCGUGUGGCGCGUGCCGCACGACAUGGCCGUCACGAUGCACGCCAGGUUGAGCCAGCAGGCGAUGCGCCAGGGAAGGAAAGUGGACCAGGAGGUGUUCGGAGAUGGGGGGACGUUCGAGUUCGAGAGUGAUGUCGGCCUUGACGCGAAUUAUAGGUUUAGUAUAGGACAACUUCCGCAAUGGGCCAAAAAGCAGUUCACCGAAGAUGCUAGUCAACCGUCCAGUCUCAGCAAAGGAGUGGCCAUUCCUAAGGGAAGAUGGGCGCAAAGAGCCGAAAAUGCUAUGGGAGUCAAAUCGUUUUAUUCCAAUGGCAACAAUCCUCAUCCAUUUCCUCCGUUAGAUAAGAGAUUCGAUUCGGAUGGUGGCUCAAAAGACAGCUCUCUCGACAGCGGCACCGAAAUAAAGACCUAUUCGGAAACACGCACGGAAGUGACGACGGUGACGAAGCUGAGCUCGAGGUCGGAGAGCAGGAGGGGCGUAAUGACAGAUGACAGCGCCAUCGGGGACGCCGAGUCGACGGCGCACGACGGCGACAUCGAUUCGGAUAACGAGUACCGGCACCGGGCUAUUUAUUAUCCGUCGCAGUCGGCCGCGCAAAGUGGCAGUGAGUAUACCGUGACAAAUAUAGAUGCUGAUGAGUUAAGAAAAUCUCAACGGAAGAAGAAGACACCUCAAAUUCUUAUACAACCUACUUCUUCGACCUAUGGUAGCAAUGACUCUGAUGAUGACGAUGAUGAGGCUUCUACACCUAGUGGAGAGAACACGGAUAGAAACCCAUUGUCUUUGUUCUCUCUAAGUUCGGAAUCUCUUGAUCAGCUCGUUACCCGAGAACGUUAUCUUCAGUCGACGUUUGAGAGCAUGUCAGGGGUGGAAAAUGAAGUACACACACCAUCGAACAAAUCAUCAAUCUCGUCCAAAUUCCUCACAAAAUCCGGCGAGAGAAAUCAAGAAGCCAUAAAUGCUGUAAAACAAACUAAGAACGAUCCAGAUGCCAUCAGAAAGAGGCAAGAGUUGAAUAAAAGAGUAGCAGAUGCCAGAAAACGAUUAGAAAGUGUCGGUCAUUCGAGCCCGCUCAAAUACAGCCAAUCGAUCCACGACCUCUCCCACAUCCCCGAACGGGACAGAUGGUCGAAAAAACAAGUUUAUUUGGAUGAAAGCUCCCCUGAUAGCAGUUUGCGUAGAUCGUGCAGCUUGAGUGAUUUGAGUGUGCAAAUGCCUGUCGUGCCAAAGAGAAAAAUCGAUCAAGUUUCAGGAAAGAAAAAUACCGGGCCAGUUGCUCGAAAUGCCUCGAGGUAUACGAAAAACAAUUCCAUAACGCGCAGCAGGUCUAGCGGCGUUUUGAAUCAAUCGGAUUCAGAUCAGGAGACGCAGGACAAGAAAGUGUCCAGAUUGAUGCGACCUACAAUAAGUUCGCACAAUAAAAUCAACAACAAAUCCUUGCAGAACCGGAAGAAACACUCCUAUUCUACAAGUAAUCUGAAUACUGUUGGUACAACAGAUAACAUAUCAACUUCAGAUGAAGAAACACCUACUGCCCCUCCCAGAACCAAGCAACUGAGUUUUGAUAAUAGUCCACCAACAGUAACACCUAGAAGGCAUUUGAACAAUAAAGAAAAAAAUAGAGCUUUCAGGCACACUAUUCAUUUUGAUGACACUAUAACAAACGAAGACUUGGAUUCGAAUGAUAGUUUCUCGUCUAUGGAAAUAUCGAAUCAACUGUGCGAUGACCUCAUAGACCAACUGACAGGGACGGCAGAGAACGUAGUGAAGCUGUACGACAGGCUGAACGAAGGAGAAGAAAGCAACGAAUCUCACAUGGAGAAAAUCGACAAGGUCAAGAUGUCGAUGAUCCGCACCCACAAAAUACUCCACGACUGCAUUUUCAAGGAUUUGAAGCAGAACAACGGCAGUAUCGAUGUUAACCAAACGGACACCGUCAAAAAACUCAACGACUUGGUGUUGAAGGGGGCCAACGGGCCCAACGCUGUAAUUAACAUCAUGGAGCAGUAUUCCGACAUUUUGUUGGAUAUGGUUCAACAAAAAAUACAUAGUGCAAAUAUUUGAUAUCCGUUGAGCGUCAAUUUCGAGUUGAUUUGUUAACCUGUGAUUUUUUUUAUUAUUUUAUGUAUAUUUUUUAUUUGAAGUUUUAUUACGUAAUUUUAAGACAUUUUUCAGCAAGAAAUCAAAUAACCAUGUCUUUCGGUAUGGACGCAAUUUUAGAUCAAUCAUAACAAUGGGGAAGUUUCCGUGGAUGACUUUUCAUCAAAUCAAUUUCACACUGGAUAGGAUUAUGCUCCUGCAAUCUAUAAUUACAAUUAU